AUGACCACCCUCGCCCUGUUAGGGGUAGCCACUGCCAGCGCCCCUACCUAUGACGGCUAUGACAUCGUCUGGCAGGACUCUUUCGAAGGUUCUGCUGGCUCUCUUCCUGAUACAUCCAAGUGGAUCAUGCAGGAUUGGUACAAGAAUCUCAACGGUGACUGGCAAACGUACACAACUAGUCCUAAGAACCAGCAACUUAGCGGUGAUGGCUCUCUCCUCAUCAUCCCCCUGAGAGAUUCAUCUGCUACCAGGGGUUGGGCAUCCGGUCGUCUUGAGAGUGCAUACACUUUCACUCCUGCUCCGGGAGCACGUACCAUCGCCGAAGCAUCUCUCCGACUGGGCAGUGCCUCUGCAUCCGGUAAGCAAGGUAUCUGGCCCGCUUUCUGGCUCCUCGGUGACAGCCACCGCAAAGGAACUCUCAUCUGGCCAACCUGCGGUGAGAUCGACAUCAUGGAAAACGUCAACGGUGAGACCAAGACCCAAGGUGUUAUUCAUUGUGACAAGAACCCCGGUGGCAUCUGUAACGAGAAGAAUGGUAUUGCCGGUGCUACCGGACUUCCUGAUUCUGGUCAGGGUUUCCACACGUACACCGCUGUCAUCGAUCGGACACCAGGAAACUGGAAGGAAGAGAGUGUCUCUUUCUAUCUCGACGGUGUUCAGUACCAUCAAGUCACUGGCGACAGGAUCGGAGAUGAACAAGUCUGGGGCAAGAUCGCCCACAACUUGAUUCAUUUCAUCCUGAACGUUGCUGUUGGUGGAGAAUGGCCGGGCGACCCAAAUGAAUCAACAAUGGACGGAUUGGAUAAUGCCAUGGAGGUCAAAUACGUUGCUCACUAUGAGUCGAGUGGCUCAGGAAGUGUUCCCAAGUACCAGGACACUGAGAGUGGUCAGAGCGAUUAUGGGUAUGACCAUGUCUCUGAGCCAAAGUUCCCCCAGUCACCUCCAAGGAUUCCUGAGUCAAGGAGGCCGCGCCCGUCGCCGGAUGACUCUGAUUUCCCAGAUUACUCUGAUUUUCCCGAUGACUCUGAUUUCCUCGAUGACUCUGAUUCCCUCGAUUACUCCGACGCACCCGAUUACUCCGACUCACCCGAUUACUCCGAUUCCCCCCCAACAUCCUCUCGGGACGAAACCAUUUACAUCCACGAAGUUCCUGGCCGCCCCGGUGUCUAUUCGAUCCCCGGUGUCCCUUUCUUGCGUGAAAUUCAUCCUGGCGUUUAUGCAACAGAUCGUAGGACUUACACGAUUACUGACCUUCCUGGUCUUCAAAUGAUUCCUGGCAGUCCUGGCUUGUAUCGAACUCCUGGAUCUCACGGGAGUCACAGUUAUCCAGGUUAUUCUGACUCUCAUGAAUCACCUGCCCACCACGAUUUCCCAGGUUCUGAGCGACCAUCUUAUGAAACGUCGCCAUUCCACUCUCACCCUCGGCCCGAGUCUAGGCCAGCACCUGUUCCUGGCCGUAUGACCGAUGCUGAUAGGCAGAAUCACCCUUCACCGAUGUAUCCUAAUCGUGGUGGAUAUGGGUCAUCUCAACAAACCCACGAUAACUCUCACGGGAACUCGGAAGAGUGUCCAGAACCUGCUGCUGGAAGUCUUUACCAUGGAAGCUAUGGUACCCCAGGUGGUUGGGGUCCUGGAACUGGAAAAGGAUGCCCCGACGACCUUUCGGGUAAGCUGAAGGCGCGUCACAUUUCUUCUUCUGAAUAUAAGGAGGAAACAGAAUCAGAGAUGGACUCCGGAUCUUCGAAACCAGGCAUGCCAUAUCGCUUCAAAACUCCCGGCUACCCACCUGCUCCUAGACCAGAUGCUAUUGCGCCACCAACGGUUGCUCACGGUGAGUUUGGUGGUGUUCAGGCUACAGACAAGAGCAAGUAUCUUGAUCGAAGUAAAGUCGCUCGGGACAUGCCUCCUCGGUUCAAGACUCCUGGUUACCCACCCAAGCCUGCACCAGAUGCUAUUGCGCCACCUACUGUUACCCCUGGCGAGUUUAGCGAUGUCAAGACGGGUAUUGGUGGCGGGUGUCUUGAUCUUGAUUGCAAACACGUCGCUCGGGACAUGCCUCCCCGUUUCAAGACUCCUGACUACCCACCCAAGCCUGCACCAGAUGCCGUCGCACCACCUACUGUAACCCCUGGCCAGUUUGGUGGUGUUCAAGCUAAAGAUAAGGACAAUCAUCUUGACCCAAGCGGGAUUAAUGGAACUGCUCCAACCUCUGGUCAAGGUCCGCCUAGAUCUGAGGUUUCCAAGAAGGGUUCAAUGAUGGCAAUGGUAUUUGCGAUUUUUGCACUUCUCGUUCUCUAUGAGAUGCAGCCAGGUCAUUGA